AUGCUAACAGCUUUGGCCUUUGGGGCUGCCUGUGUGCCCUGGCGGUGUUGGCCCCGGCCGGUCGCUGGCAGACGACCCGAUCGGCCGCUGAGCUUGGGCCGCUUGGGCAUGUGGUUUGCAGCAGGCGCUGGUGUUUGUGUGCGCAGUGCGCGUGCACGCACAUUGACAAGAGGCGAAGCAGAGUCGUGGCGAGAACGCCGCGGACUGGUGGGACAAGAACUGGAAGGAUGGCCAUGUUCCAGUGCCGCAAGCAGACAAAGUGGCCAUCCGAAAGUCAGCAACCGUGAGUUGCAGAAGGUUCUUGACCAGAUACGCAGCACACCGAAGCAAGAUGUGUCCAGCAAACCUUUGUUGGCGAGAGCACGUGGCCUACUUCGAGCUGCGUUGAUUCGAGAAAAUGCAAUGUUUGCUGAUGAGGCACUGGGUGUGCUGGGGCGCUUGCAGCAUCACCGUGGUCUCCAGUUGUCAGAGGAAGAACUCUACAGAUUUGCUGAACCCUUAGUGAAACGCUCUUUGCGCUGGCGCUGUCCCAGUGAUGAAGAGGCUGCAGAGGAGUUGAUACGGCAACGGGGGGACUUGAAUCUUCCAGAGGAUCAGGUCUUCGAGAAGUCUUUGUCACUCUUGGCGACGCAACUCAUCCCAGCAUGGCUUGAGGAUGCGCAGAAUGCACGAGCAGAUCGGCUGAAGAUGGCCUCUGAAAGCUGGGAAUCACUUGGCGUUGAAGACUUGGAAGGCGCGGUGUUGCAUGUCUCAGUCUCCUUGGAAUUGGGCGACCGCCGGGCUUUACGAAGAUCCCUCGAGGUCAUUCUUUCUCAAACCACAGACCUGCGCUUGGUGCUGCAACCGGCAUUCCUGGCAGAUCUGGAGGCCCGUGGGCUGGUCUCACUGGACACACGGAACAGUUCAAACCACUGGUGCCAACAUGUUCAACGUGCUGCGUCCUUGGCCUGCUUGGGGGAGAAGGCUGGCGUCCUCCUUCGAAGACAUGGAGCCCUACUGCUGUCGGAGGGCCAGGUCAUUGCUGAAGGCUUUAACCACUGCGCUCCUCCGUUACGCCCCCGUGGCCUUGACCCUCAACUGGGACGGCACCGCACCUUCGACUCGCCCGAGGAGGCCCGGACAGUGGCGAAGCUCUCGUGGAAGCGCAGCCGACCGCGGCCAGCGCAGAGACAUGCAGAAGUGCAUUGCUUGUUGCAGGUACCACAACUGGAGUCAUUGAAGUCCUCGCACACUGAAAUUCUCAUUGUGGAGCUGGCUGAUGUAGGUCCCGGCUUCGCUUGGGCAGAGCCCUGCUCACGGGGAUGCAUGCAAUUGCUCAUGAAACAUGGUGUCCGGCAAGGCUGGUGGACCGAUGGCAAGGGCGGGUUGGUCACAAGGCCCUUCCGGCAUGAGCCGGGCUUGGAUGUGGCUGCCGCAACUUUUGAAGGAAGCGGUCGCCUGUCCAACGACCCCAUUUCCGAGCGCUCGUGUUUGGACAUGGCGUGGAAGCAGUUGCGGGAGACCGAAGGUUGCCGGCCUUGGACGCAGGAGGAGCUAGUGCAGCAGGGCGCUGAAGCUGUGGCUGAGCAGCAGCGCCAAGCGCCGCUCAAGCUACGAGGGCGAGUCUUCCCGCUUCCGCCGCGGAAGAGGAGUACGGAGUAUGCACAGGCUGUGAACGAACUGCACGACACAAGCCCAACGAAGGUGAAGAACUAUGGUAUUUGGCUUCGCUACGACAGCCGAACCAACACGCACAACAUGUACAAGGAGUAUCGGAACAUCAACAUCAACGGGGCCGUCGGACAGCUGUACCAGGAGAUAUUUCGCCGAUCCCAGGUGCUGACCCUGGAUCCAUUCAGAUCAUUCACGCUGCAACGGUGCCGGACGCGAACUGUCGCCGAGAGCAUGUCCUGGAGAUGCAUGGCGACCGGCUGA